AUGGUAUCCUACUGUUUGACGAUUCCAAGACCUGUUUUGGGAAUUGUACACGAAUAUGCCGUAAGGCUGACUGCUUUUGAGUUCAAAAACUCGGGGAAUCAAUCAGACAAAGUCGUGGUGUUUAUCGGUGGUCUGACAGAUGGCCUGAUGAAUGUUCCCUACCUACCCAAUCUGGCUGAAUGCUUGGACGGGAUUGGCUGGACAUUGGUUCAGAUCAACUUUAGCUCAUCGUACCAAGGUUGGGGUACCGGGUCUUUGAUGCGAGAUGCAGACGAAAUCAGUCAGCUGGUUGCCUACUUGAGGGGAGAAAAGGGCGGGUCGCGGAAGAAGGUGGUUUUGUUCGGUCAUUCUACCGGUUGUCAAGAUAUCGUUCAGUACAUCUCCAAAUUGAAACCUACAGACCCUUUGAAGCAAAUCGACGGAGGUAUUAUCCAAGCGUCAAUCUCAGACCGUGAAGCUAUAUACAUGGAGCUGGAAAGCCAGGGCAAAGGUUGGGCAGAACUGGAAGAGCUGAACCAGUUUGCUCAAUCUUAUGUAGACGAGGGUCGUUCUCUCGACGUUUUGCCAAAAAGAUACUCUGAUCUUUUCCUGGGUGCCCCUUUGAACGCUUAUCGCUGGCUGUCAUUGGCCAAGAAACUUGGAGAUGAUGAUUUCUUUUCCUGCGAUUUGACACCAGAAGAUAACCAGGCCACAUUCGGUAAAAUUGACCGCAAAUUGUGCGUGCUUUACUCUGAGGCAGACGAGUAUGUUCCAUCUUUUGUUGAUCGUCAUAAAAUUUUUGAACAAUGGAGAUCGGUGACACCACCAGAGUACUGGUCCGAGUUCUCGGGGUUCAUUCCUGGAGCAUUGCACAAUAUCGGGCCUGGAUCUGCCCCAGGCGGAGUCGAGUGGGCACUUGAUAGGACCGUCAAAUUUUUGGAGCAAGUUUAA